AUGACGAGCACUCACGAAUCCAUCUCAUCCCACAACCAUGGCGAGGAAAUCGUCUUGGGCACCAACGAGAAGACGCUCCAAACUCUCGCCGUCACCUCCCUCGACAUCUCCACUCCCACCACUCCGCACUCUACCGACCUCAAACAGAUCACCGACAUAGUCGAAACCUCUACCCAACUCGACCCUGCCACCUCACGCCGUCUUCUUCGUCGCAUCGACUAUCACACAGUCCCCUGUCUCCUAGCCAUCUACGGUCUCCAGUAUGCAGAUAAAGUCUCUCUCGCCAACGGAGUCCUUUUCUCUCUCAAGAGUGACACAAACCUCAAAGGUCAAGAAUACUCCUGGCUCACCACCAUCUACUAUUUGGGGUACUUUAUCUUUCAACCACUGAUGAACUAUGCGAUGCAGCGGGUGGAUGCAGCGUAUGUUGUUUCUGCGAUGGUAGUUGUUUGGGGCGUAGUGCUGGCUACUUUGGGAUUGUGUAAUACGUUUGCGCAAUUGAUGGCGGUACGCUUUAUCUUGGGAGCGUUGGAAGGAGUUGUGACGCCGGCGUUUGGGUUGAUCGUGGCAAGUUGGUACAAAAGGAAGGAGCAGACUAGUAGACAGUUGUUGUACUUUGCGAUGAAUACGGGUUUCUCGUUGUGGGUUAGCGUGGUGAUUUACUUCAUUGCGAAGAAGGUUCAGGAGCAUGGUGGCGUUUCCGGUUGGAGAGUCAUCAACUUUUUCCUCGGCGGACUCACCGUUUUCAUUGGUAUCAUCACCAGCAUCUUUCUCCGUCUCCCCAAGAACGCAUGGUGGCUUACUCCAGAAGAACGCAAACUAGCCCAUGCACGAAUCAUCGACAACGGCGUCGGCACAGGUGAAACUCAACACUGGAAAUGGGACCAGGUUCGAGAUGCUUUCACUGACCCCACCACCUACUUUAUAUUCUUUAUCAACAUCACCUGCUGCAUCCCUAAUGGCGGUAUCACUACUUUCCAAAGCCUUAUCUAUCAAUCUUUUGGCUUCACACCAUUGGAGACGAUCCUAUACCAGUUGCCGUCAUUCGCAAUGUCGUUCUGCUGGAUCCUAUUCGCAGCUUUCGUCAUUCACAAGUUCCCCAAACUCAGGUUCUUCUUCAUGUGUUUCACCGUCAUUCCUGCCUUUGUUGCGGUGCUGACUGCAGGGACGUUGCCGGAUGAAGCCAAGUAUAGGUGGACAAGGUAUGGAGUGUAUCUGAUGAGCGUACUUUAUGCACUGCAGAGCUUUUUGAUGUGGGCAUUGAUGCCGAGUAUCAUUGGAGGGAGGACGAAGAAGACGGUUGUUGCAACGUUGUGUUUUAUGGGUUAUUGCGUUGGUAACAUGAUCGGACCACAGGUCUUCCGCGCAUCCGACGCACCACGUUACAUUCGAGGUCUCAUUGUCGUAGCCUCCAUGCUUGCGCUCGUUUUCGUCCUCUGCAUUGCAUGGCUCCUCUAUCUGAUCGCAGAGAACAAGCGACGUCGUAAGGUACUAGCACGUAUGGGCGUCUCUGAAGAAGAACGAUUGCUCAAGAACAAGAUCAAUGGUGAACUCGAUAUGACCGAUAACAAGAACAUUUAUUUCUUGUACAAUUGGUAG